AUGAGACCGCGGUACCAGUCCACGUUGGGCUCGACAUACACUCAGCGUGUUGCGGCAGCACGACCACAAAGGCAUCCGUCAUGCAAGUACAAUCACCAUUACCAUGGAGAGUUGCUGCAGCCACUGACCCAUUCUACGGAGCUCGGGCUGUCUCGAAGCCUAAAUGACAACAAUAAAGCCGUGGACAAGCUGCCGGUGUCGCUCUUUUAUCCACCAAGCAUUUCUGCCGCUUCAACAACUGCAGGGAUGGCGUUUAUGAAGGCCAAGCCCUCAGCCAACAGACUCUCCACGAGACGAAGUAUGAUGCGACACGAGACAGCAGUGGCUCUGCGUUCUCACAACUUGGCGUCACGAAUGAACGAGCUGCGUAGUUUGCCCCACGUGCUGGAGCGAAUGGAGGUGUUGCAAUUGUGGAAGAAGCAGCAACAUAUUGCAGAACAUGGCGUCAAUAUCAUAGCCAGGAACCGCGCCACCUCAACGUUUCAAGUGCUGCAGAAGCCAUCGCAGACACCUCUACUCCCUUCAGCCACCGACCACAAGCUGCACCAAGCAAAGAAACGCAAGCAAGAGCUGGAAGCUGCAAGGGAUCAGAACGUGCAACGUAUCGUGGUUCGCUGGCAGACUCGUUACGAGCAGCGGGCCGAGAGAGCUCGUCGUGUUCAUAUCCAGAGUCAGUGGCUGCUGGUUGUUGCGCUUUCUGAGAGCUCCAAGAAGUGGCUCACCAGGUUUUACGAGCUCCAUCAGAAGCGCUGCGAACUGUUGCGGAUUCUAAUGAUCAAGCGAUUGCAGCGAUAUUGGCGUCGACGAACUCUUGAGCAGCGUAAUUCGUUGCAACUGCUUCGUUCUGGACGUGGCAUUCCUCUGUCGUCGGCAUUCUUCCGCAUGCCUGUGGUGAUUCGUGCAGUGACCAAACUCCAACGGAAUAUUCGAGUCUGGCUGGAGCGGAAACAUCACAGUGAGGGAAAGGAGAACGUUGCGCUCAUUGUGACGGCGUGGUUCGAGUUUCAAGACGUCAAAUUCCGACGCAUUAUCCUGCGCUUUCGGAAACGCGUGCGAGACUUUCAAGUCAUGUGGCGGUCUUGGCGAGCGAUCACUGCGGCGCGGAUCAAGCUAAUGCUUCUGGUAUGGGCAAAAGUAGAGCGCAAGGCCAAGCGCAGACAUGGCAUCAGCCCAAUUAACCCACAACAACACAAACAGCUGCAGGACAUGCAUCGCCAUUUCCGCAAUCGAGGCGCUGUGCACAUGCCCAUUGGCGCUGAUCUACAGCUGAGGAGCAACAUGGAAGAAGAGUUCCAGCUUGUCAUGUACGACGUGUACACCACACGCCAGAAUCUCAUUCCCCAGGCGCCAAAGCCCCCAAUUCGGUCACCGCUUGGAGCCAAGGUAUCACUUAAAAAGUGCCGGAAAUUUUCGCCUCUUAUCCAGUCGUCACCGCUUCAUUUGCCGUCUACAAACUCCAAUAAUAGGUCUGUUCCUCCAGUGUCGAGAAAAAUUCCUCACCAGUUGAAAGUGACGGUACUCCGUAAACUCUUGUCGGAGAAGCGUAAAAUGUACUCAGAUGCCCGAGACCGCGAGCGAGAGGCGUGGGCUGCUGCUCGAAAAAAAAUGCGCAGCGAGGCGUUUCGGUACGACGUGCUGGAUGAACUGGCAGCGUUCCAGCACCUGCUGGCCAAAUACACGACGUUUUUGAUGCUCCAUAGCAUCACGGAGACGGAGAUGGUCCGCCUAAUCCACCAGACUCAGAUAGAGGUCAGUACUGCCGAUUCUUCAGCAGUUAUUGCACCAACAUAA